AUGAUAGGAGCUUCUGAUGAUACCGGCGAAGAAUCGCGGGGACGAUCGUCGCGAUCCUCGGGGCAGCUGGGUCGUCAGGACUCUGAGGGACAAUUCCAGGAUGAAACCUGUGAGUGUGCACAGCCAACCGAUGACACGUUUGGAUCAGCACCUGCCAUGCACCCUCUGCCAGCGUCUACCUCUAAUUAUUUCGCUGCGGGGGACCCUCCGACUGAGCCGAUUUUGUCCCCGCUCCACAACAACCUACCAAAACCUGUCGAAGAUGCCAGUCAGCCUUCAUCUACCAAGUUUGCCCAGGACAAUGGAUUGUAUGACGAUCCAGCGAUUUCGGGCUCUUCCCAAAGUUUCGCUGGUCCCAGCCUUGAUCAAAGGAGGGGUAAAGGCGCGGUGCAUGAAAAACCUGGCGACCAUGCGAUUUGUAAGAUGCACAAAUUCACAGUAUACGAAACAGCGACGAGAUACUACAUCGUGGGGGCCGAUAUCAUGGACCAGAGAUUCCGGAUUCUAAAAAUCGACCGUAAUUCGGACGUUGGGAACCUAAGCGUAGCAGAGGAUGACAUCGUGUACACGAAAAAAGAGAUGAGCGAAUUAUUAAGUGCCGUGGGCGACGGCAAUAAAAGCACUGGGGGGAUGAAGCUCAAAUGCAGCACAUGGGGCCUACUCGGUUUUGUUCGAUUCACCGGGACUUAUUAUAUGCUUUUGAUUACCAAGAGAAGCCAAGUAGCCAUGAUCGGGGGGCAUUAUGUCUACCAAAUAGAUGGUACGGAACUUGUGCCUCUCGUCACUUCGCAGAAUUCCAGAUUCAAACCAGAUUCUCGCAACGCGGAAGAGACAAGAUUUUUGGGGAUUUUGAAUAAUCUUGACUUGUCCCUUUCGUUUUACUUCAGCUAUUCAUACGAUAUAACGCACACACUCCAACACAAUAUCUUACAGGAACGCGCCGCCACGACUCAAAACCUUCCUCGCCCAUACCCGCCUGAAUACAAUGACAUGUUUGUCUGGAACAACUACUUGUUGAGGCCUGCUACAGUGGCACUGAAGAACACCUACGACUGGUGUCUUCCAAUAAUCCAUGGCUACAUGGAUCAAGCAGCCCUUUCAAUAUACGGCCGGACCGUGCAUAUUACAAUCAUUGCAAGAAGAUCGCGAUUCUUUGCCGGGGCCAGGUUCCUUAAACGCGGGGCAAAUGAUCUGGGCUACGUUGCCAACGAUGUCGAAACUGAGCAAAUAGUUGCCGAGGGGCUGACCACUUCGUUCCAUGCGCCGGGUCCCAAACUCUUUGCCAGUCCAAACUAUACUUCAUACGUCCAACAUCGAGGAAGCAUACCCCUAUACUGGACUCAGGAUAAUACUGGAGUGACACCAAAGCCACCCAUCGAACUGAAUCUGGUAGACCCGUUUUACAGCGCGGCAGCCCUUCAUUUUGACAACUUGUUUCAGCGAUACGGCGCCCCAAUUUACGUUCUUAACCUCGUGAAGUCUCGUGAGAGGAUUCCUCGCGAGUCGAAGUUAUUGCAUGAGUUCACAAGUGCCAUAAAAUAUUUAAAUCAGUCCCUGCCGGAGGGUAAAAAAAUCAUACACAAGGCAUGGGAUAUGAGCCGAGCGUCUAAAAGCCGUGACCAAGAUGUUAUUGGGACACUUGAAGCUAUCGCGGAGGAAGUUGUUACCACUACCGGUCUAUUUCGGAAUGGAGACGGCAAGACCACUCUCCCUACAGUACAGAACGGGGUUGCAAGAACUAACUGCAUCGAUUGCCUUGAUCGCACCAACGCAGCCCAGUUUGUUAUUGGAAAGCGAGCCCUAGGAUAUCAGCUACACGCAUUGGGCAUUAUUGCCGGGACCUCUAUUGAUUAUGAUACGGACGCUGUCAAUCUCUUUACCCAUAUGUAUCAUGAUCAUGGCGACACCAUUGCUGUUCAAUAUGGAGGCUCUCAACUUGUCAAUACCAUGGAAACAUAUCGUAAAAUAAACCAGUGGACAAGUCACUCUAGGGAUAUGGUGGAAAGUUUCAAGAGGUACUAUAACAACUCUUUUCUCGAUGGUCAGCGGCAAGAAGCAUACAACCUCUUCCUCGGCAAUUACAUUUUUACCCAAGGGCAACCCAUGCUUUGGGAUCUAGUAACCGAUUACUACCUGCACCAUGCUGAUCCAAGAGCUUGGUCUGGGAAACAACGUCGCAACUACAUCUCCUGGUACACCCCAGAAUAUCUGGCCGAAAGGAAGAUGCCAACUGAUGCACUGUUAUUAACAUCGAGAACCACUGACGAAACACUCCAUAAUUUUGACGAUUACUGGCUCGAGUAUUAUAAACCUCUCGCUCUUUCCUCAUUCUUGAAAAUAUUUUCUUAUAAUAUGAAUUCGACUGUACGCUACACACCCGUCAGGUCUGCCCAAGAAGGGAGGUAUGACCUGAGUCCAUUCAGAGUUCGAACAGAGAUAAACCAAGAAGUGCCCGACAAAAAAGCGGUAAAAAACCGAGCUGCCAAUUUGGAUCCUCAGGACAAGCACGACGAUGACACCUCUGUCAGCCUGGGAGCCACAAAAAGAACACCAAGGCAACGCUGGCUUCAGCCUAUCGACGAGAAAGCUUCCAUGAGCCAUGGAACUGUGAUGGAACCUCGGUCUACAAAUAUCCACUUAUUACAAUCAAACCAGAAGUUGCCAGCGCUUGAUUUAUCCAAAACGGGCCCGCUGACUUUCAAGCAAGUCGUUCAGGAUUCCCUGAAUCCAUUUGUCACGGAUCAAGAAGCGGAAGAUUAUGCGCGGUACAUUAAUCAUCCGCAGACAUUACCACUUGUCGUUUCAACUGAAACGCCAGCAGAUAUUGAUGUCGAAUAUCUGGAUUAUGUAAGUGGCGCGUGGCAGGAAUCGAACUCUCUUUCGUAUACCCUUGAGGAGGAUUUGAGAGACUUUUCCGACUUUCUAACUGUCCCCGAUAAUCCUCUCACAGUCACCAAUGAAGAUGCCCAGAAGAAGAGGUACAAAGCAUACCGUAAAUGGCAUAACGGGAAAUCAUUGUUCAAGCAGCAACCUAUUGACUGA